UCUCUCUCUUCUACCAUCUCAAUGGAUUCUCUCUCUUCUUUGAGCUCGCCAUUACAGUAUCCAGUUGUUCGAAGAGACGACUCCAUCGUAGACGAUUAUCACGGCGUCCUUGUUCCCGAUCCUUAUCGAUGGCUUGAAGAUCGCGAAUCAGAGGAGGUGAAUGAUUUUAUUGAGAAACAGGUACAAUUAACAGAUUCCGUUCUUCAGAAAUGCGAAACUAGAGAUUCUCUUCGUGAGAAAUUAACAGAUCUCUUCGAUCAUCCGCGUUACGGUGCGCCGUUUAGAAGAGGAGACAGUUAUUUCUAUUAUCAUAAUACAGGUCUUCAAGCUCACGACGUCCUCUACAUUCAGGAUAGUUUGAAUGGAGAUGGAGAUUUAGAAGGUAAUGUAUUACUAGAUCCGAAUGAACUAAGUGAUGAUGGAACCGUUGCGUUACGGAUUUUGAGCGUGAGUGAAGAUGCGAAAUACGUUGCGUAUGGAAUUAGUUCGAGUGGAAGUGAUUGGGUUACAAUCAAGGUUAUGCGGAUUAAGGAUAGACGAUUGGAGGAUGAUACUCUGUUAUGGGUCAAGUUUUCAAGCAUUUGUUGGACCAAAGACUCUAAAGGGUUCUUUUACAAUCGAUAUUCAGCUCCCGAGGAGGGAGAAAAGUUGGAUGUUGGAACAGAAACAAAUGCUAACAUAAAUCAAGAGUUGUAUUAUCAUUUCCUUGGAACCAACCAAUCUGAUGAUAUCUUAUGUUGGAAUGAUCCACAAAAUCCAAACCACUUGUCUCAACCAUAUGUUACAAAUGAUGGCAAGUAUGUCCUACUUUAUAUUUACGACGGUUGCAGCUCGGUUAAUAAACUAUACUAUUAUGAAUACAAAACUUCACAACUCUCUAAUGGGCUCAAAGGGAUGAUUCCCUUCAUUAAGCUUGUAGACAACUUCGACGCAGAAUAUAUCGUCGUGUCGAACGAUGAUUCAUCGUUUACGUUUAGAACUAAUAAGGAUGCGCCAAAAUACAAGUUGGUUCGCGUUGAUCUUAACGAACCAAGCAUUUGGAACGAUGUUCUCCCCGAAGAGGACAAAGAUGUGUUGUUAUCAGCCAACGCUGUUAACAAAGAUCAAAUGAUAGUUCGUUACCUUAGGGAUGUUAAGCAUGUCGUGCAAUUAAGGGACCUUAAAACGGGUUCACUUCUUCAUAAUUUCCCUUUUGAUAUUGGCACUGCUUCUGAGAUUUCUUGUAGGCGUGAAGAUAGUAUCGCCUUCAUUGGUUUCACUAGCUUCCUCACUCCGAAGAUUAUUUACCAAUGUAAUUUGAAACCCGGCUUCGAGCUGAGAAUUUUUCGAGAGGUUGUUGUGCAUGGAUUCAAUCGUGAGGAUUUCAUUGUUGGGCAAGUUUUUGUUGCGAGUAAAGAUGGGAGGACUAGAAUACCGGCGUUUAUUGUGUCUAGAAAAGGGAUUUCGCUAGAUGGAUCGCAUCCGUGUUUACUUUAUGGGUAUGGUGGAUUUGGUUGUAGUCUCACGUCGUACUUUGAUGUUAGUCGUGUAAUUUUGAUGAAACAUUUGGGAGUUGUUUUUUGCUUGGCUAAUAUUCGUGGGGGUGGUGAAUAUGGAGAAGAGUGGCAUAAAGACGGUUCGCUUGGAAAUAAAAUGAAUUGUUUCGACGAUUUUAUAUCCGUUGGUGAGUAUCUUGUGGAUUAUGGGUACACGCAACCGAGGAAAUUGUGUAUUGAAGGAGGGAGCAAUGGCGGGCUUCUUGUUGGGGCGUGUAUAAAUCAGAGGCCUGAUCUAUUUGGUUGUGCUCUUGCUCAUGUUGGUGUUAUAGAUAUGCUUAGAUUCCAUAAAUUCACCAUAGGUCAUGCAUGGAUACCCGAGUUCGGAUGUUCUUCGAAGGAGGAAGAAUUCCAUUGGUUAAUCAAGUACUCGCCACUCCACAACGUGAGGAGACCAUGGGAAGAAUUUCCCGUUAAGGCUUCUCAAUAUCCAUCCACCAUGUUAUUAACAGCCGACCAUGAUGAUCGUGUCGUUCCUCUUCACUCUUUAAAGAUGUUAGCCACCAUGCAGCACGUUCUUUGCUCGAACUUGGAGAAGAACAUGCAGACUAACCCGAUAGUGGGUCGUAUCGAAUGCAAGGCAGGGCAUGGAGCCGGUCGCCCAACCCAAAAACAGAUUGAUGAAGCUGCAGAUCGGUAUGGUUUCAUGGCUAAGAUGUUGGGAAUAACUUGGAUCCCAUAAUCAUUAAU